CCAUUCAGUUUUUUAUCUAUCGACGAUCUUUGCCUCUCGUUCUAAUUUUUGUCCACGUCGAUUUCGCGGUGGUUUUUGCAGAAAUCAACAACUAGGGUUUCGCAGAACCGCCAAGAGUAAAGACAGAUGGAUUGGGGUAACGUGACCGCAGAGGAUCUAAUCGAUGCGCUCCGUGAAGUUGACUGGUCAUCGCCGCCCCGCCCUCUCUCUGAGUUCUUUUCCAGGUUUACCGUUCCUAGAUCCUACGCCAAAUGGAACAGCCGCCUCAAAUGCAAUCUAUACUAUUACAGGACCAACUACUUCAUUAUGAUCAUUUUCAUCCUUGGUUUGGGUUUCCUCAGGAGGCCUCUUGCUAUAGUGGCUGCUCUUUUAACGGCUCUUAGCAUUGCAUUUCUGAAUGACAGCUUUGCAGGUACUUUUAGUGAGAAGGUUACAAGAACUGUGAGGCAGUUUUCUCCACAUUUAGCUGCAAAAAUGAGGCCUCCUCUUACGCCUGUCAUACGUGGACGUCCAUCAGCAAAAAGAGCAAUUCAUAUAUGUGGUCGUCCUCGUUGGGUGUUUGUCCUGAUAUUUUCGGCUGUAAGUUUUUUCCUUUGGUAUGCUUCCUGCGGUCUCCUUACUGUUUCGUGGACACUUGCCAUUGGUCUACUUGCCACUAUUAUCCAUGCAAGCUUUAGAACACCUAAUCUGAAAGCACGUCUAAACACAUUCCGGGAGGAAUUUCGAGCAGUUUGGCGUAAUUACAGUGAGCUGUAGGAUUGGCCAACUUGGAGUUUGAGCAUGGUGGUUUUCUUGACUGUGAAUCUCAUUUAAAUGGUUGGUCUGAAGUUCGGUUCUGCUACUGCUUAUGUUGCUAGAAAAUAAUUCCAUAUGGCUGGACUUUAAUUUUCAGGUGAAGGCUGGCCAAUCUUUGCAGAAAAUCUAAAAGGUGUAAAUUGUGAGGACCUCUUGUUCUGUUUAGAAAUUGUUUGUUAUAUUGGAGAAAGGACUUGUGGAUAUCUGAAUUUACCCUGAGAAGGGUAAGUCUAUAAGAGGAUCUAUUAAACAGUAGAUUGAAAAUGUUCCUUGAGAGUUCUCUAGCCAGUU